ACCACGUGAGAAUUCGGCUGACCUCCGCUAAACUUUUGUACAAGUGUCCCGCACAGUCACAUGCAUUAUCUGCUCUGGGAACAUUCACAAAGUGCGGUGGUAUAGCUUACACUCAGACAAGACGCUGGUACCGGUGAAGUGGACAUUUCGUCCACUUGUAGAAAUUGUUCUUGCUGCCUACUCGUGACUGUACGUCAUGCUCCUGUGUAGGUGAAGUCACUCUCAGUCUGGCACCGUUCUCAACUUCCCACACAUUUGGAGAAAACACUGACAAAAUAAGUAGACCUAUUAGGAUUUAUGCAAUCCCAUGGGGGGACUAUUCAGGAGGAUGUAGAAGUUUUCUCGCUGUUUGAUACAACAUCAUGAACAAUAGCUCUUCCUACAGCGGCUUCCAAAACCUCACACCAGAAGCAUUCCUUCAAGACCGAUUGUCCAAACAGCUCUGGCAAUACCUGGCGCCUAUAUUUCUGAUUAUAGGGCUGCUUGGAAACGCAUGUGUGUUCCUUGUCCUCAAGACCAUGCAGUUCCAGAAAAAGUCGACUUUGCUUUACUUCUUCUUGUUGGCUCUGUCAGACACUGUGGUUUUACUGGUAGGUUUACCAUACUACUGGAUACUGGAGACGUUUGAAAUCAACCUUAGAGCCCAGUCGAACGCGGGAUGUAAAAUUUUGAUGUUCUUGACCUAUUUUUCAAUGCAUACAUCUUCCUGGAUUCUGGUGGCGGUUUCCAUCGAGAGGUUCGUGAUUAUUAAAUUGCCAUUAAAGUCCUCGUCCAUAGUUACUGUUAAGCGUUCCAGGUACUCGGCAACCAUCAUAGUGGUUCUUUUGUUCUUUGUUGACGGAUAUUUGAUAUUCACCCAGCAUGUUCAGGACGGGUCCUGUGGAUCGUUCCCAGACGAUGGUUUCCUGUAUUAUUUUGACGAGAAUGUGUUUGUUUGGGUUGACUUUUGUCUCUUGUCCGCCAUUCCUGCAGCAAUAAUGGCUACAUGCAACGUCUCAAUAACGCUGGAACUCCGACAAAGUGUGAAGCAGCAAACUAUGCUGACGCGGUCGUCUCAACAGUCGCAACCAACACACCAUGGUCACAUCAGUAGCCUGACAAGGAUGCUCCUGGCGGCUAACAUUAUGUUUCUCUUCACAACUCUGCCUAUCUCCGUUUACUUCAUCGUGGACACAUUUCUCGAGUUAAAACAAAAAGAUCCACUGGUGAAAGCCCGGAUGGACUUGGCCUGGAGUAUUGUUUACCUAAUACAGUACCUGAAUUACACUACCAACUUUUACAUUUAUGUGGCCCGAGGAAACCGUUUCCGCCAGGCUUUCUGGAAGUUGAUUGGUUGUUCGCACAGUGAGCUUCGUUCUGCCAGUUCCGAGAGAGGAAUGUCGGGAAGGUUGCGCCAGCUCCACAGGAACAGUGUCUCAUCGCAGCAAACCGUUAUAUAAGACGAAACCAACUUGCAGCUGGUACAUGUAGAUAUGCCUAACUGAAAAAUUUUGUUUGAAAAUGUUAGGUAUUCUGAAACAGGGAGGUGCAAUUUCAGAGUGAAUUUAUCUGAAAAGCGAGGUGCAUAUACUGUCAAAAAAUUAAUCUGUUAAUUUUAACAGAAAGUCCGUAGUUUGAGUGAUGCUAGAAUGCAUUCCGUUAUUUCAACAUAAUACUGUGUCUUACUUAAUAUAAUAUCCCGUUAGCCUAAUAGAAUUGUUAUGUUGAAUUAAUAGACUAUGUGUGUUAUAUUAAUAGAAUAAUCUAAUACAAAAGCAGAAUACAUUCUUCACAACAGACUUUCUAUUCAAAGUAACAUAUUAAUUUUUUGAGCGUAAGUUGAAUUUAUACAACUGGUCUGGUUGCAAACAACCAGGUCAACAAGAAUGAUAGUUUAUUUUGACUACGUGUGGAAAUAGUAUGUUCCCAGGUAAAUGCAUUGACAUUUCAAAGUCUGGCUGCAUUGAAAUUGUGCUACCAAUUUCUUUUUAGGUAAAUUAACACGUGCGUCUGUUCUAGCCGUUCUAUGAAAAAUAGAAUUCACUGUUGCUCCUUUAUGCAUACGCUUUCCCGAGUGUCUGUUUGGCAGUGGUAGCUGUUCAGGUGGGAGAAACGUCCGUUAUGCUGGCGAAGUAUUUCAGCCAUCACGAACAAGCACGUGAAUCUAGGGUGUCUGACUUAUAUUAUGCAGCCGUAAAGAUUUUGUUCAAUAAAAAUUUUUGUACUGACAAAAUAUACAUGUGUUUAAUAUCACAAAGUGUGUGGUUUAAGUUUUUGUUCGAUUUUUUUCCAAAAACAUUUAAAUGAAUAUUAUUAUCUGAAAAAUGUAUUAUUUCAUGAGAGCCCUCGCAGGCCAUACUAUAUUAGCCAUACUUUUCUC